AUGAUAAGUCAAGUAAAAAAAAAUGAAAGCAGAAAGCGGAAAGUUACUGAUUCAACCACCAAGAUUAAAUCAGCAUGCAAAAGAUGUCGUUCAAAGAAGAUCAAGUGUGAUCAAGAGUUUCCCAGUUGCAGAAACUGUUCGAAAGCAAAUGAACCAUGUGUUUCCUUGGAUCCUGUCACUGGCGAAGAUGUGCCUCGUUCCUACCUGUUGUUUCUGGAAAGCCGUGUUGCUGUAAUGGCAAAGAAGUUGAGAGAAUGUGGUGUUGAUAUUUCAUCUAUACGGAAUAAUAUUCCUUCUGUGGACACUGAUAAACCAUAUGAUCCUGAUUAUGAUAAGGAAAUGAAUAGUGGGGAUUACCCAUUAAAUAUAAUAUUGGGAAAUUAUUUAAUUCAAAGAGGUGAAAUGUUGAAGGGUAAAUCUACGGUAUCUGAUUUAAAUUCAAAAAUAAAACCAGUUCAAGAAUUCAAAAGAAAUAUUUCUACUUCAUAUACUGCAUCUAAUGAUAAUGGUAGUAGUGGUGAUGGUAAUAAGACUGAUGGAAUAAAUAAUAAUAAUAAUAAUAAUAAUAAUAAUAAUAAUAAUAAUAAUAAUAAUAAUAAUAAUAAUAAUAAUAAUAAUAAUAAUAAUAAUAAUAAUAAUAAUAAUGAUAAUAAUGAUAAUAAUAGUGAUAAGUUUCCUGACACAAGCCCCACGUCAGUAUUAAAUACAAAUAGUCCACAAUUUGAUAUUUUGCAACCAGGUAAGGAUAUGGGACAAUUUCAAGAUAUUAAUUCGAACUCUACAGGCUCUUUUUUAGGUGAUUCUUCUGGUAUUCCUUUUGCUAAAUUGGUAUUUGCAGCAGCCAGUUUUUCGCCUGAGAUUAUUAAUGAUGAUUUAGAUAUCGAUAUUGAAAGAAGAGAGGCAGAAUUGAAAUAUUAUAGAAUUGCAGAUACAACUGAUAAUUUUGAUCCGUUAUGGUUGCCUUUAAAGAAGGAAGCAGAGGAUUUGGUUGUUAAAUUUUUUACAGAUACAAAUUCUCAAUUACCUAUAUUUCAUCGUGAAUAUUUUUUAAAAAAAUAUUUUGAACCUAUUUAUGGGUUAUGGAAUACUAAUAUCUCAUUAAUAUCAGAGCACACUAGAAUAAACACGGAUUUUAAAUUGCCUGCUGAUAUAUAUGUAGCACCGGAUGAAAAAAUGGAUUAUGAUAUUGAUUUGACAAUACCUUGGUUUGAUACACUUGGGAGAUUACAGCAAAAUAAUAUGCGUAAGGACAAUAAUAUAUCCGUUCCUUCAAGAUUCAAAAUACCUUUAUUUUUUUUAAAUGCUGUGUUUUCUAUUGGUCAUGCCACUCGAGUCCUAGAAUCAAAUAUCACGACCCUUGUUACUUUCAAGAGAAGGGCAUUAUACUUUAGAUCAGCUCUUUUUAAUAGUACUGAUAAGUUAGAAACCUUGGCUGGGACGCUAUUAAUUGUGUUAUAUUCUUUAAUGAGACCUAGUUCACCUGGAGUUUGGUACGUUAUGGGAUCUGUUCUAAGAUUGACUGUGGAUUUGGGGUUACAUGAUGAAAAACUGAAUCAAAGUUAUAAUCCAUUUCAAAGAGAAAUACGAAGAAGGUUAUUCUGGUGUGCUUAUUCUUUAGAUAGACAAAUAUGUUCAUAUUUUGGUAGACCCUUUGGAAUUCCUGAGGAGAGUAUUACCACACGUUUCCCAAGUCUUUUGGAUGAUUCUAACAUUGUUCCAAUAUUAGAUAAUUCAAUGGACUAUUCUGAUAAUUUAAGUUCUACUGUGUCAUCCAAGGUGAUUGCUAAUGCAAUGUAUAAAAUAAGGAAGAUACAGGGAAAUAUUGUGAAGAUUUUAUAUGCGCCAAGGUCAGAAUUACCUAGAAAAUAUUCUGAUUUAGAUAAUUGGAAAGAAUGUGUAUUAGAGGAGUUGAAUCAUUGGUAUAAGAGUGAAGUUCCAAAAUCCUUUGACACAAUGAAUUGUAAGUUUAAUACUUUUUUUUUUGAUUUGAAUUAUUAUUAUUCUAAGACUAUCUUAUUUGGAAUAUCCCCAAAGACUCCCAUUUUGAAUGAAAGAGCAUUUAAAAUUGUAAAAGAGAGUACAAAGGGUACAAUUGAUGUUUUUGAUGGGCUCUGUAUGACCAAGAAGAUGAGUUAUACAUGGGUGGCAACACAUAAUAUAUUCAUGACUGGAAUGACAUAUCUUUAUGUCAUUUAUUAUCAUUUUGGCGAGAAUGAUUCAAAGGAUGACGUUAUUAAUUAUGUAGAGAAGGUAUUAAAUGUCCUGAAGAAUUUGAUUGGUACAUGUGAUGCAGCUAAAAACUGUUAUAGAACUUAUAAGAUGUUAUGUGCUGCAGUAAUAAAAUUGAAGUUUGGUAAUGUUUAUGGUUCAAGUGUGGCUAAUAGAAUUAAAAAGACGAAGUUUAGUAAGAAAAAGUUAAAAAGAAGUAGAAAAAGUGAAAAAUCAUCCAUUAUAGAUUUAAAAGAUCAUGAGGCAGUGUAUAUAGAUGAGAAGAAUAAUACUUGUAUGUCCAAGGAAAUAUGUCCAAGUGUUUCGGCUCCUGUAGUAACCAGUGAUGUUUUAAAUACAACAGGAUCUACAUCAGCAAAUUCAAUAUUUACAGAUCCUUUGGAUCAAUUUUUUAAUGAUUUGAAUAAAUUAAAUAAGUUUUUUAAUACAGAGGAAAGUGUAUCACACAUACAACAACAAACCGCUAUUCCAACACAAAUACAAAUUACAAGUUCAAAGAAUCAUGCUUUAUUAAAGGAACCCCAAGGAGUUCAUAAGGUUGAAAUUGAUCCUUUAACAUACCAACAUACUGCUUCAGAUAAUUCUGAGAAAGGAUUAGAAUUAUCAUCAUUGGAAACAACCGCUAAAUUUCACAGAAGACCUUCAAAUAUUAUAGACAAGGAUAUUGGAGAUUUACUGUAUCAAGUGACUUCACAAUCCAUAUGGGAUGGGUUAUUUGGGAACCAAGCGGAUUCUGCUAAUGAGAUAAAUAGGUCGUUAAAUACAACAAACAUUUCCCAAAUACAUGAAUCUCUUAGCAAUAAUGGUGAAUAUAACAUCCCUACUCCAGGCUUUGGUGAUAUGGAAUUAUUUUAG